AAGUCUUCUUAGUUGAUAGAUAUACUUUGGGGGCUGUAACGGGGUGGUCUGUUCAUGUGUCUUUUGAGGUUCAUUCUGACGACCGGAUCGUACACACACACACUUGCUUCUAACUCACGUCUUAACCAAGACGGGAACAAUUUGCCAUUGAUCUCAUAAGACCUUGACAAUACGUUAAUUACUCGUCUCUGGAUUCUGUAAUAUCUCUAUUGAGAAAAAGCAUCCAGGAUGGCCAUCAUCACUCUUCCCUCGGGUCUCCAGUACCCGUCAUUCACCUUUUUAUCAUCACCAACGUUUUGGUGGUGUAUAUUCUGGGUCUUGUGGAUCCAUCGUUAUCUACGUUUAAUCGUCCAUUGUUUCACCCAUUGGUUUUACAAAUCAAAGCCAAUUCCUAACAAGCCAACGUAUAUGUCCAACGACGUUACGGUUAUCAUUCCCACUAUUCAUAAUGCCUUUGAAGAGCUUCGCCCUUCGUUAGAGAGUAUUCUGGCCUGCCGCCCCUAUGAACUAAUCCUUAUUACGACGGUGGACAAGUAUGCGGCGUUGGAAAAGCUCGUCAAGACUCUAUCAACUCCGAACAUCCGUGUGCUGUUCACGCCUAUUGCGAACAAACGACUACAGGUGUGCGAGGCGCUGCCCAAAGUUAAAACCGCAAUUACCAUCAUGGCUGAUGAUGAUGUCACCUGGCCGUCCACCCUCAUGCCAUGGAUUCUUGCCCCCUUUGAGGACCCGAAGAUUGGAGGGGUUGGAACUUGUCAACGUGUUCGUCGGGAGCCGGAUGGAUCGUUAUCUACCCAGAUCUUCAACUGGCUCGGAUCUGCUUACAUCGAGCGCCGCAAUUUCGAGAUCUCGGCUACGCACAACGUGGAUGGCGGCACCUCUUGCAUGUCCGGUCGUACUGGGGCUUACCGAUCCGAAAUUCUUUCAAGUCACGAUUUCCUGGAGGGGUUCAAGACUGAACGGUGGCGCGAUUUUAUCCUCAAUGCUGACGACGAUAACUUUGUGACCCGUUGGUUAGUAAGCCACCAAUGGAAAACUUGGAUCCAAUACGAGCGGGAAUGCGAGAUCGAGACUACCCUGGAGAAUGGCCUCAAGUUCCUCUAUCAGUGCUCAAGAUGGGCACGCAGCAACUGGAGAAGCAACUACACAAGCCUGGUCCGGGAGAGAUAUGUGCUUACUCAACAACCAUGGAGCACUUACGCCCUCCACAUCGCUACGUUUACUUCUCUGGCUUUCGUCGUGGACCCUCUUUUGCUCGCCUCACUUUGGUGGGGUACCGAAGGAUGGAACUUGGAAACUCGCCAACGUUGGCUCUGGGCCCAGUUCAUUUACAUGUUCGCAUUUACCAAGGUCGUUAAGUUAGUUGGUCUCUUUCGACGAAACCCGAGCGACAUCAUCUUUCUACCGCUCUCCAUUAUGUUCGGUUACUUUCAUGGGUUAAUCAAACUUUACGCAUUGUUAACCCUGAAUAUGACCUCAUGGGGCAGCCGACCUGAUGGUGAUGCUAACGAUGCAGUACGUAUGGCUCGUCGCCCUAGAAGCAGCGACAGCCUGGCGACACCUCGACCCCGAUCAGACGAUCUUGAUCGUUUCCUUAAUCACCGAGCGCGAAGCACGCGAAGCUCGCGCAACACCCGUAUCUUCUCAGAGAAAGAUGCGCUUCUCGAGAGUGGGAACGAGAUGUCGGCAAUCACUGUGGUCGCCGGAUUGUCGUAAUGGUUCGCGGGGGUUUGAUCUGUUGUGGUCCUAUUAUCCGGCUAUUUUAUACGGAUGAUCCAAGGGACUCAACAAAAUACAAAACAUUACGCAUUUUUUACGAUUCAUGAACGUUAUAUCUAUGAUCCAUUUCACUUUUCACUGAAAAGGGCAUUAUCGGAAGAGGUCAAAACGGUACUCUCAUGCGAUAUACGAUAUACGAUAUACGGCUGC